CUUGGCCACAAUUCUACACGGAGCGACAGAAGCAAACACUGAAAGGGAGAGCGCGCAGCAGCUUGCAAGCGACGAAAGGAGCAGACGUCUAGUCUAGCACAGUACUACAGUAGCACUAGCUAGCUACGUAGGGAGCCAUGUCGCCCGUGCACGUCCCGGAGCUCACCAGCAGCGGCUCCCUGACCUUGGAUCCGGUGCAGCGGACGCUCAGCCGCCUCGCCCUCGCGUCGUCGGCGGCGGCCAUGACGCCCAGGUCCCCGCCGCCGUCCUACGGGAGCAUCGUCACCGUGCUCAGCAUCGACGGCGGCGGCGUCCGCGGCAUCAUCCCCGGAACCAUCCUCGCCUUCCUCGAAGAGAAGCUCCAGGAGCUCGAUGGACCAGACGCGAGGCUCGCAGACUACUUCGACGUGAUCGCCGGGACGAGCACCGGCGGGCUCGUGACGGCCAUGCUCACCGCGCCCAACGCCCAGGGCCGCCCGCUCUUCGCCGCCAAGGACAUCAACAGCUUCUACCUGGAGCACUGCCCAAGCAUCUUCCCUGCCGUCAGCGGCGGGCCUCUCGGCUUGCUCAGGAGCAUCAGGGGACCCAAGUACGACGGCCAGUACCUCCACUCCGUCGUCAGAAAGCUGCUCGGCGACACGCGGGUAGACCAGGCUCUGCAGAACAUCGUCAUCCCCACCUUCGACAUCAAGCUGCUCCAGCCAACCAUAUUCUCCAGAUACGACGCCCUGAACGACGUCUCCAAGAACGCUCUCCUAGCCGACGUCUGUAUCAGCACGUCGGCAGCGCCUACUUACCUCCCCGGCCACCACUUCGAGACCAAGGACAAGGAUGGCAAGCCCCGGGCGUUCAACCUUAUCGACGGAGGCGUCGCCGCAAAUAACCCGACGAUGCUAGCGAUGACGCACGUAAGCAAGCAGAUCCUGCUGGGCAACCAGGACUUCUUCCCGAUCAAGCCGGCGGACUACGGCAAAUUCAUGGUGCUCUCGCUCGGUACCGGCUCCGCCAAGGUGGAGGAGAAGUACGACGCAGCCGCCUGCGGCAAGUGGGGUAUCCUUGGCUGGCUCUACAACGGCGGUGCCUCGCCGCUCAUUGACAGCUUCAGUCAGGCUAGCGCCGACCUGGUCGACAUCGAGGCGUCCGUGCUCUUCCAGGCGCUGCGCUGCGAGAAGCGGUACCUCCGCAUCCAGGACGACGAGCUCAAGGGCGACACCUCCUCCGUCGAUGUGUCAACGCCUGAGAACCUCAACAAGCUCGUCGGCGUCGGCAAGGCGCUGCUCAAGAGGAGCGUGUGCAGGGUGGACGUCGAGACCGGCAAGAGCGUGCCUGACAAGAAUAGAGGCACCAAUGAGGAGGAACUCACCCAUUUCGCCCUCAUGCUGUCACAGGAGCGGAAAGCUAGGUUCCAGAAGAAAGGCGUAAGCGUCACACACUAAAUUAACAUGCAUGGGAUCUGCCCCGUGAAAUAGUCAACUGUCUGUAGUAGUAACUGCAAGCCCCCCAAACAAGCUUGUAGUACAUUAAUCCGGAUGUAAUGUCUACUAGUUAAAUAUUCGUGCGUUGCCACGGUCUUCUAA